AUGGCAGCAUUAGCAGUGAACGAUGGAUUGUUUGCAGCAUGGCUGAAGGAGGUGGCAGCAAAGGCGACGCCUCAGGGGCAGGGUUCCGUAACGGCAGACGACAUUAAAGAGGCAAUGAAGAAGGAUUUAGUGGGAACGUGGAAUACAUUAGCCCAUUGGCUCGUAGGCAGGAAGGAAUCACGUGAAGUAUCCCUCCACUGUGCGAGCGCGGGAAGCAUAGGGGGAUGGGGGGGGAAUACUGUGCCAGGUCAGUAUGUGCAGGAAUUAUGUAAAGGAAUAGUCGAAAUAAAAUAUUUCAUGAGUGGAGUGGAAACGAAGAAAUGGUGGGGAACGACCGAUAAACCAGCAGAAAUUGCGCCCCUCACGGAUGCUGAAUCUUAUGCACGCUGUACCGUUGGGACAGUCGCCUUAAGCCAGAUCUACGGAGGUCAUUGUCACGUGGACGAAGUUAUUGAGCACUUAACGGACAAAGUGGAAGGGAAGUUACGGAAACACAGUGGCGCUAUCGCACACUUGAAUAAAUGUAAAAACAUUGACCGAACCGCCUUAAUGCUUGGUAAAACACUUCUCCAGGAAGGAAUCGAAGAGAGCGCGAAAGCAGAGAGGGCGAAGGAGAAGCCCGAGAACUGGAGGAUCUAUUGGCCAUGGAAACAUUGGGAACAUGUAUGUAAUCAGGGGAAGAGUGGCGAGGAUGAGGCGGGGGAGGCGAAGAGGAAAGAACUGAAGAAACAGAAUGCACAACGUAUGGCAGAAUUCGCGCAACUAACCGAAAAGAAGAACAACGUUGGUGGUAUGUCGAUAGCAGAAGUAUUAACCAAUGAAAACUUAAAAUUAGAGCCGACCACAUUAGCAGAUGCACUUAAUAAUAUAAUAGAGAACGGCAGCGUGGACACUAACGAAAUAGACAAGGUUGUACAGGAGCUGAAGAAGGUGUCUGGGGAAAAAAUAGCUCAGGAAUGCAUAGAAGACAGCAAAAAAACAUUUUGCGAUCGCCUAAAAUGUGCAAAGAAUCAUUGGGAAUGGACUAACCGGCAGCGGGGCAAGAGCAGCAACAAAGACUUUUGGGACAAUAAGGUAAAGGAAUUGUGGGAUGAAUUAGCAGGGGAAAUGAAGAAGACAAAUGGCGAAGCCAAAGACGGAAAAGCAAAUGGUUGUGAAGGAUUGGAUAAUCCGUCUGACAAGACGGCAUGCAAUUAUUUGCAUGCCGGCUUAGAAGCACUGUACAACGGUACGUCGUCGUCGACGGCAGUCGGCGACAUCUUAUCUACGAAACACCCAUCGUUUAGACAAACGAUGGGUUGUUUAUUACUUCAUUCAUAUGCAAAACACAUGAAAGAAAAAGCAACUUGUCUUAUUGAUGAAGGAAUAAAUAAGGCAUUCCAACUGGGAGAGACUCUUAGUAAGAGAAAUACUAAUUGCACUGGUAAUGGCAAAACUUGCAUUCCAUGCAAAUGGGCAGAUAAUGCCCAAUUGGACAACUGCAUCGUGCAGACUGCAGAAGACCAAACGGGCACUGCAAGGGACAAACUGGAAAACAUCUUCAAGAAAGACGAGGGCUCCAACAUUAGUACAAUGCUAACUGAAAUAAAUAAAAUGGAGACUAUAUGCAACCGUCUCCAAUGUAUAGCAUCCCACUUAAAUUCCUCUACCGGACAAAAACAAAAUGCGCAGAACUUCUGGACAAAGACUGGUGAUGUUGGCAAACUGUGGACAGAAUUGUCCAACGCCAUGACGAAUAAUGGAAACAACGCAGGUGAUUGUGGAACAAUAGAAGAAGGCAGUGGCACUGCCACCCCUAGGCAAGCAACUGACCCUGAAAGGAAGGCAUGCCAAUAUCUUACAGCAGGUUUCACCAAACUGAAGAGCAUUGCAACACCUGGGAACACUGAGUACCCAACCCUGCAUAAAGACCGAUCGUUUGUCCAAACAGUGGGUUGUUUCUUACUUCAUUCUUAUGCAAAACAAAUGAAAGACAAAGCGAAUUGUUUAGUGGAAUCAGGAAUAAAAAAAGCUUUUGAGACUGUCGGCCAAAAUUUAAAUGGGUUAAAAUGCAAAUGGGAUGAUGGCGACUAUGACAAUUGCAAAAUUAACACAACUGGAAGCACAGACCCAACGCCAGUAAAGGACAAAUUAAAAACAGUACUACCUCCGGACGGUGACAAAACCGUAACUGACACCCUAAAGGAAAUAAACAUAACAGAGUCUUUAUGUGACAAACUCCAAUGUGCUGCAGGGAAGUGGUUCCAAAAACAAAACCAAAACAAGCAAGCAGGGAGUACUAAUAAUAAGCAAACAUGGUGUGGCUUCUGGAAGGAGGGCGUCGGAGGCGCCCUGAAGACGAUGUUCGAACAAAUCGCUCAGAAUGGAGCGGACAAAUCAAAGAACAAUACUGGUAUAUGCAAAGAUUUUGGUGACGGUAAUGAUGAUAGUGUUGAAAGAAGGGCAUGUAAUCAUAUCACAGCAGGUUUAGAACACAUUAAAAACAUUUCGAGUGGUAGUGGUAAUGGUAAUGACCAACUGCUCCAUCGAGCAGUUGGUUGCAUUGCUCUUAAUAUGUACGCAACUAAAAUAAGAGAUGCAACGGAGUCAAGUUGUCCCAUUGGUGAGGAGAAAAUAAAUAAAAUGUUUGAAGAUUGGAAUCAAAAGUAUAAUAAUAAUUCGUGUAAAGGUAGCGGUAAUAACAAUGGUUGUUUUGAAUGCAAGAGGGAUGCGAAUUUUAGUGGUUGCCACCUGAGCGUCUCAGACGCUCUGGUGGAUGAAAAAAAUACAAAUUGCAAUGAUAAUGACAAAAGAAAAAAUGUCCAAACUCAAAUGAACAUAUUCCUCAACGAAGACAACCAACCCCAAUCCCAAUCCCAAUCCAUCUCCCAAGUGAAGUCCACCUUAUCUACUAUCACGGACAUUACGAAAUCUCCUUUCUGUACUCAACUCCAAUGUGCAGCAAAACAAUACCAAGCAAAAAAAAAAAAUGGAACACCACUAUCUUCGGACAACUUUUGGAAGGAGCAGACUGGCGAGGUCCAUAGCCUGUGGCAAGAAUUGGCAGACGCCAUGAAGGCAAAUACGAACAACGAAGAUCAAUGUAAUACCAUGGAUAACGGCACUGGCGCCCCUGCCAAUGGCAGAUCUGCCACUGAACCUGAAAAGAAGGCAUGCAAUUAUUUGCAUGCCGGUCUUAAAUAUUUAAAGGAAAAUUCAACAUCCAACGGCAAAAUACUGUCUGAGGACCCACUGUUGAAACAAACAGUGGGUUGUAUCCUUCUUAAAGAAUAUGCAAAAAAAAUGAAGGAAGACUCAAAAUGUGUUAUCGAUUCCGGUUUAAAGAAGGCUUUCGAGACUGCUGGCCAAAAUUUAAUUGGGGGACAAUGCAAAUUGGAUGACAACUAUGACAACUGCAACAUUACCACAACUGGCAGCACAAGUCCUAUGCCAGUGAAGGACAAAUUAAAAGAAGUUCAGCCCAAAAUUAGCACCACCGCAAAAGAGAACCUACCGGAAAUAAAUGAAAUGACCACUUUAUGCGAUUAUAUUAGAUGCGCCGGACCCAAAUGGUUCAGAAAUCACAACCCAGUAGGGAAUAGUGGUGCGAAGAAGGAUUGGUGUGACUUUUGGGAUAAGGACGGCGUCAGACCAGAACUGGUGAAGAUGUUCGAGAAGAUCGAUUCCGAUGGAAAGACCACUACUAAUGGUAUAUGCACCACUUUUGGUGAUGGUAAUGAACAUAGUGUUGAAAGAAAAGCAUGUAAUCAUAUCACGGCAGGAUUAAAAUAUAUUGACCAAGUUGAGGGUACUCUGACGGGUCAUGAGGUUGAUGACAAGUUUUUUAAACAAUCUAUGAUGUGCGCAGCACUUAAUCUUUACGCUGAUAGAAUAAAAAAUGAAACGGAAAAUGUUUGUCCCAUUGAUGAGACAAGAAUAAAACAAAUGUUUAAUGAUUGGAAUGAACAGAAUAAUAAAAAUUCUUCGCCUUUGCCUCGGACUCCAUGUAAUAGUGCUAAUACUAAUGAAUGUUUUGUUUGCACAAGGCAAAACUCAGACUUUAAUAAUUGCAACCUCCUCCUUGAUCAAGACCUCAUUGGAACACCAUCACAAUCACAAAAUGGACAAAAUUGCAAUGAUAACGAUGAAAAUAAAGACGUCCCCAAAAAAAUGACCAAACUCCUCCAAACUGAACCCAAAAUGGACGAAACAUUAAUGAACAUAAAUGAAAUGAAAUCUUCUUUCUGUACUCAAGUCCAAUGCGCCGCAAAGAAAUGGAAAUCAGCAAAGAACAAAAUCACAAAUGGAAAGGCAAGUGGACAGAGCACCGAUGUGAAGUGGAGUGAAAUGGAAACAAGCAUUAAGGAUGCAUUAACGAAACUUCUAGAACAUAUGAUGCAACCUUCGGAGCAGAAGGACGUUGACAAAUAUUGCAGUGACAAGGACGCUGAAUGGUAUAAACUUGGCCAUAAAGAAAGCAAAACAAAUAAAGCAGCUUGUUUACUUUUUGCUUCAGGAUUAAAGCACAUUUAUGGCCGUCCCAACGGCCAAAAGAAGGAUAGGUUUAAGGGCCCAUCGUUUGAACAAACGAUGGGUUGUUUAUUUCUUAAAGAAUAUUCAAAACAAUUGAAAGACUUGGCAAAUGAGAAGAAAAGAGGACAUAGUUGGGUACAUCCUCUUUGUGACAUAGAUAAGGGCAUAAAACAUGCUUUUAGCAAAAGUAAUACCAUUAUGGAAGAAUCACCUCAAUGCAAAGGUACUAAUGUUCCUAAUUCUUGUUUUGUGUGCACAGAAGAAGGAGGUUAUGAUGAUUGCAAAAUUGGCGAUGACAAAAUAGAGGACAAUGUUAAACCACUACUCCAAAAGGAACAAACCCAUAUGCAACAAACUUUGGAGAAUACAGUCUGUCCCAUCCUUCUUACGGAUCUCCUUACCCCUUUUGUUCCUUUGGCUCCUGUCUCUAUUGGCCUUUCUGCUAUGGCUUAUUACCUUUGGAAGUAUUUUGGUCCUCUUGGUAGAGGACCACGUUUCAGAAGAUCUCCUGCUGAAAUUCCUGGUCCAUCAGUACAGGAACAAGUCCUCGAUCAUGUGGAAGAAGCCGGUUCACAUGAAUAUCGAUUGGUGAAGAAACGAAAACCUCGUUCUGCUGCAACGAGAACAGAACGUUCUGGUCACGCGAAUCGUCGCGCGAUUAUUGAAAUUCAUUUUGAAGUGUUGGAUGAAUGUCAAAAAGGGGACACACAAUUGAACCAGAAGGAUUUUCUGGAACUUUUGGUUCAAGAAUUCAUGGGAUCCGAAUUUAUGAAAGAAGAACAGGUUCCUAAGGAGGAGGUUCUUAUGGAAGAUGUUCCUUUGGAACGUGUUUCUAUUGAAGAGGUUCUAAGUUCAGGUUCCGGGUUACUGGUUUAA